AUGUCCAAGUCACAAAAAAAGAAAGCAGCAGCAGCAAAAAAGAAAGCUGCAGCAGCAGACUCGGAUAUAACGAAAGAUUUAGAAAACGUGCACAUUUCAAAUACAGGAGGGAAGCAGCCAUCUGCUUCUGAUCCCACAAAACGAUUACGCAAUCUUAAGAAAAAGUUACGUGAUAUUGAAAAGUUGGAAAAACAGAUUGCUAGUGGUGAACUUAAGAAUCCAGAACCUAAACAACUAGAGAAGGUGAAAAAGAAAGAUGAGGUAAUACAGCAAAUUGAUGACUUAGAGGAUGAACUUGGUGACUCACAUUAG